AUGUCCCACCUAGAGGCGCUUGCUCCAGAGCUGGGGGUGUUUGGUACUGUCGCCAAUAAUGAGCCGUCCUAUUUGGCCCGUGUAUGGCCUGCCCAAGAGAUCCUAAGUGAGCCAUGGUUUUGCCUGCCAGAGACGGAUGACUUCCACACCCUAUCCGCCCUGGAUCUAGCAGAGCAGAGCGCAAGCGACCUUGGGCAAAGCUAUCAUCAAGAGGCAUCUCCCGACACCUCCGACUGGCUAGACGACAUGAUAUCCGGGCUUUGCAGCCCGAUCUCCAAACGAGGCGACUCGCCCGUAACAAUGGCCAAAACUUGCCCUCGCACUGCAAAACGCCCUCCCAGCCCUUGCUGGGUAGGUGUGCCCUUGGCAGCCUUCGGCGGAAUGAAAUCGGAUCUGGAUGCCGCCAGCCCCACGCCUCUGCCACGGCUGCGAGUGCAGAUAUGCACCGCUCCCUCGACGGCAGCAACAAGCAAAGUCCCAGCCACGAGCCAGCCUCUGCCUCGCAAUAUCGGCGUGGCUGCUCAACUUUUCACGCCCAAUCUCUCUUGCCACGGAAUACCAGCACAACCCGUUUCGGCUGGAAAGGGUUAUCAAGAGAUUGAUGCCUGCAGUAGCAACUGGGAGUUUCUCUCUUUUUGGCAGGAGGGCCGAGCCUCCAUGCCAAUGGGCUACCCAAACUAG